AUGAGGGUAGGGAAACCAAAGACGUAUUAUUGCUGCAGCAGCAGCUUCAUUACUGCAUCUCUAUGGCUGCAGGCUGUUUUGCUGUUUACGAUCCCAGCAGAAUGGCAGCUGGGCUGUGAUGGCUGCUGGGAACACGAGAGAAUCGCCCUCCUUCCUCUCAAAUCCUCGCUCCACGAUCCAGAUUAUUAUCAUGUGAGUGGAUGGGGCGGCGGGAAGGGAACAAAAAAUCACUCCGACGUCGAUUGCUGCCACUGGGAUGGAGUUCGUUGCCAUCCCGCCACAGGGAGAGUCACCGAGCUCAUGCUUUGGAAUGAAAACUCAACAACAAGGCCGUAUUUGAAUGCUUCCUUGUUGUUCCUGCCUUUCCAAGGUUUGAGAGUGCUCUCACUGCAAAGCUACCAUAUCCUUGGUUGCAUGGAGAAUCUAGGUUUCUUGAAACGCCUUGAAAUUUUCUACUCCACCAUUGCAUGCAACAACUUCCUUGAGACCCUUGGCACCGUAAUGACCAAUCUUACUCAUUUGGUGAUUCUAGAUGCGAGUCUAAGCUCCACUAUUCCUCAAGAUGUCAGAAUAAAGGGAGCUGUUGGGUUCCCAUGGUGGUUGCUGGCUAACAACACAAACUUAGGGGAUCUUCAGCUCCCCAGCUGCUCGCUUUCAGGGCAAUUUCAGUUGCCGACGAUCGUCUAUGAAAAUCUGACUCGAUUAGUUAUCUCUAGCAAUGAUUUCUUUCCUGGCCCCAUCCCACAUGAUAUAUGCACUUUCUUUCCCAAUAUAGAUAGUCUAUCCGUAUCCGAAAACAAAUUCUUUGGUAAAAUACCGCCACAGUGGUCAAAUUGUUCCUCGUUGCAAGUAUUGGAAGCUAGUGACAAUCAACUGUCGGGCGAGAUUCCAAAAUGGAUUUGGAAUGUCUCGACGCUCCUCGUCCUGGACCUUUCAAGUAAUGAUUUUUCGGGAGGUCUGCCACCGGGUUUUAUUUCACCAUCGAUGAACGAAGUUUACUUGUCGAGAAAUCAAUUGGGAGGGACAUUAUAUGAUCAAGAUGAGACUUCUGGUGGUGCUAAUGAAAUUGACUAUUCAGGGUACCAAUUAUACCUCUUGGAUCUCGGUCACAAUCAUUUCACAGGUAAAAUCCCGAAAUGGAUUGUUAAGCUGAGACCUCGAUUGCGUUGUAUCCUGUUGAAUGACAACCAGCUUCAUGGAGAGGUUCCAGCGGGGUUUUGCUUGGAGAAUACAAAUUUGAUUGACCUUUCGCACAAUCGUUUGUCUGGUCAUAUUGCCGGUGAAAUAUUCCGAUGCACCAUCUACUGUGAACGAUCGGAAUACUCCAUUUCUUAUGGUGGUUUGGAGUUUGUCUCCAUUCCUUAUGGUGGUUUGGAGUUUGUCACGAAGACACAUUUAUAUACUUACAAAGGGUGGGUUGUCGAUUUAUUCUCUGGUUUGGAUUUAUCGAACAAUGAUUUCACUGGCGAGAUCCCUAUCCAAAUCGGCCAUCUGGAAAACACCCAAAUUCUCAAUUUGUCAUACAACAAGUUCACGGGACCCAUCCCGCCCAGUAUUGCAAACUUGUCACAGAUUGAGAGUUUGGAUCUUUCUCACAAUAAUUUGAGUGGAGCAAUUCCCUAUCAACUCACCGAUUUGCAUUCUCUAUCCUCUUUCAACGUGGCUUACAACAAUUUAUCUGGUAAGUGUCCUCUGAAGACUGCACAAUUCAGUACUUUCGAUGAAAGUAGUUAUGAGGGAAAUCCCUUCCUUAACUGCACAACGCCACUCGUGACACCAAAUCCAUCAGUAAGAUCGACAACUUCUGAUGAUGAUGAUGAUGAUGAUGGAGAAGAAGGGUUCAUUGAUAUGGAGAGUUUUUAUUUUCCCAUAUUGGCUGAUUAUCACUGUGCUUUGGGUGUGGUCGAGAAUUCAAACUUGCCUCCUCAGAGUUUGGAGUUUGGGUCAACGGGAAUAUGUAAUGGGCUUCCACACCAUGUGGAGAAGGGAAUCUAA